CGCCGCGGCGGGCUCGGCCGCCCUCCCGUCCGGCCCGCCGCCUGCCCGGGGCCAUGGGUGAAGCUCGCUGCAAGUGCCUGCUGGCAGGAGAUCCGGCUGUGGGGAAGAGUGCUUUAGCCCAGAUGUUUCGCAGUGAUGGGGCUCAUUUUCAGAAGAACUACACACUGACAACGGGCAUAGAUCUGUUGGUAAAGGCUGUUUCGGUUCCAGAGACAAGUGAUAGUGUGGAAUUCUUCAUUUUUGACUCUGCAGGAAAAGAUCUAUUUUCUGAGAUGCUGGAGAAACUGUGGGAGCAACCCAACGUUCUGUGCCUUGUGUAUGAUGUCACUAAUGAGCAGUCUUUCAACAACUGUCCCAAAUGGCUGGAGAAGCUGAGGGCUCAAGCAGUUGGGGUGCACAUCCCAGGUGUCUUAGUGGGGAAUAAAACAGACCUAGCUGAUCGCCGAGUUGUGGAGCAGAAAGAAGCACAGAAGUGGGCUGAGAAACAUGGCCUGGAAUACUGUGAGAUGUCAGUGAAGGAGAUGAAAAAUUUUGAGGCCCCUUUCCACAUCCUGGCAAAGUUAUUCCACCAACUCUACAAAGAGAAAGUGGAAACUUUUCACUCACUAGCAUGACUGGUAUGACUUAUUUAUCCUCUAAGCUUCUUCUGGUGCCUAGAAUCCUGCUGGAUGGAAUACAGAGAGAAGAAAAAAGAUGAGCUAUUUGCUUCUUCAUGGUCAUCUUCUGGUAAUUCAAAAUAAACUAGAAAUAAGCAAGUGGAAAGACACUCUUCUGAAA